AGUUAUGUUGAAUCUGCUAAGAAAAAGGAGUUCGCCGCAAGCGAAGAUUUAUUUGAGAAGUUAGUCCCGAAACAACUAGAAGGGAGUGACUUAUCUGCAAAGUCGUUUCCAGGAGGACAUUUCGAAAGUCUGAAGCGUCUCCCGUGGACUUAGUCGGGGUCUAAAACGAGUUUUGCUUUCGUUGUCUCCAGGCAAAGCAGACGUCCGAGGAAAAUUCGGUCCUUUUUCACUGACGGGUGGAUGCCUUAGUUUAUAAGAAGUCAGAAGAAAGGUGAUCAUGUCUAUGCUUCCUACGUUUGGCUUUACGCAGGAGCAAGUUGCUUGCGUCUGUGAGGUACUACAGCAAGGGGGGAACAUUGAACGCCUCGGCCGUUUCCUUUGGUCACUGCCUGCUUGCGAACAUCUUCACAAAAACGAGAGUGUCCUUAAAGCAAAAGCAGUAGUAGCCUUUCACAGAGGCAAUUUCCGCGAGUUGUACAAGAUACUGGAAAGCCACCAGUUCUCCCCGCACAAUCACCCAAAGCUUCAGCAACUCUGGUUAAAGGCACAUUACAUCGAAGCAGAGAAACUACGCGGUCGCCCUUUGGGGGCUGUAGGCAAGUACAGGGUGCGAAGAAAGUUCCCUUUACCCCGGUCCAUAUGGGACGGCGAGGAGACCAGCUACUGUUUUAAGGAGAAAAGCCGCAGCGUCCUGAGAGAAUGGUACACCCAUAACCCCUAUCCGUCCCCGCGCGAGAAAAGAGAGCUAGCCGAGGCCACUGGCCUCACCACCACCCAGGUCAGCAACUGGUUCAAGAACAGGCGGCAGAGAGACCGGGCAGCCGAAGCCAAGGAAAGGUACGAGGAAAAUAACGAGAACUCAAACUCCAACAGUCACAACCCAUUGACUUCUUCCAUGAAUGGAAAUAAAACUGUUUUGGGGAGCUCGGACGACGAGAAGACUCCUUCGGGAACUCCGGAUCACACCUCGCCAAGUCCGGCUUUGCUCCUGACGACGAACUCUGGACUACAGACUCUGCACGGCCUAGCGCCCCCCCAAGGUCCUAGUGCCAUCCCGGUUCCCACCUCAGAUCCCAUGCACCCCCACACUUUGCACGAGGCCAUCCUUAACCCGAUGUCGUCCAACUUAGUCGACUUGGGCUCCUAAAAUGAGACGCCUGUACUUUUUCAGGAACAGUUCCAGAAAGGCAACUUUUAAUUUUCUUCUGACAAGUAUGUGAUGUACAAAAUCAUUAGUGGAUAUUUGUCAACCAAUGGACAAGCGUGAUGGAUAGCUGGUUUGAAAGGUACCGUAUAGACUGAGAAUAACCGCGAGAAGGUAUGAUGUAAACUAUAAGUCUUAACGUUUUAUUAAUAGCUCGGACUGAGACAGAUCAGUUUUCAUGUAGCGCACUCUCUCCCUUUAAUAUGUUUACAUGCUGGAUAUAAAAGGCCAUAACGAGUUCUGUUCUGUUACAUGUUAACAUUAAAUACAAUGUUGUUGAAA